CUUAUUGGUGGCUUUUGAGGGCCAAGCUUAAGGCUAUGCAAAAGAGCCCAUGGCUUGGCAAUAUCAUUUGAGUAUUCUUCUUGUUGUUGUUCUUGUUUUCUCUCAUGGUGCUUCCUCUCAGAUGAUUGUUGACACUCUACCUGGCUAUCCUGGGAAGCUUCCUUUCAAAAUGGAAACUGGAUAUAUUGGGGUAGGGGAAAUGGAGGAUGUGCAGCUAUUCUAUUACUUCUUUGAAUCUGAGAGGGAUCCUGUUUUUGAUCCUCUUGUGCUCUGGCUCACUGGAGGUCCAGGUUGCUCUGGUUUCUCUGCAAUUGCCUUUGAGAAUGGUCCAUUAGCCAUUGCUUGGGAUUCAUACAGUGGGGGCUUGCCUUGUCUAAAGUAUAAUCCAUACACUUGGACAAAGAUUGCUAGCAUCAUAUUCAUAGAUGCACCAGUUGGAACUGGAUUUUCCUAUGCAACAACUACAGAAGCCUGGAAUACCUCGGACACACUGUCAGCAUCACAGACCUAUAAUUUCCUAAGAAAGUGGCUAGUGAAUCAUUCCAAGUUUCUUGGAAACCAAGUGUACAUUGGUGGAGAUUCAUAUUCAGGCAUUACUGUUCCACUAGUAGUGCAAAAUAUACUCCAGGGAAUUGGAAGUGGGUUGAAGCCAAGUAUUGAUCUCCAAGGCUACUUGCUUGGCAAUCCAGUGACUGAUUAUUACAUUGAUGAUAAUUCCAGGAUAUCAUUUAUUCAUAGAGUAUCACUUAUAUCAGAUGAAUAUUAUGAGAAUGCCAAAUUGUUUUGCAAAGGUGACUACUUGAAUGUAAACUCCAGCAACACAUUAUGUAUCACAGCCCUUCAAAAUAUCAAACAGUGCAUAUUACAAAUUAAACUUACACAAAUUUUAGAACCUCAAUGUGCCUUCUCAUCCAAGAAAUCGGAUGAGCUAGAAUGGGAUGUUAGAUCUCAGGAAGCAAAUGUUAUUGAUUUUCUCCAAGCUGAUAAACUUCCUGAACUGCGCUGCCGGGAAUUUGGUUAUGCACUCUCAUACAAAUACAUGAACAAUGAAACGGUUCAAAGCGCUCUUAGUGUUCGACAGGGAACAGUGAAAACUUGGAACAGGUGCGUCAAAACAUUUCCUACAUACACAGAAAAUGUUGAGAGCAGUGUUUAUAUUCAUAAAAAUCUCUCCAAGACAGGUCUCAGAGCUCUGAUAUAUAGUGGAGACCAUGACAUUUCUGUUCCUUAUGUGGGUACACAAGAAUGGAUCAAAUCCCUUGAAAUAGCUGUUUUUGAUGAGUGGCGACCUUGGUAUGUUGAUGGUCAAAUUGCAGGAUACCAAACCAAAUUCAUGAAUGAACACUUCCGAUUGACAUAUUUAACUGUAAAGGGAGGGGGCCACACAGCUCCAGAGUACAAACCCAGAGAAUGUCAAGCCAUGGUUGAUAGGUGGUUUGCUCGUUAUCCAAUCUGAAGAUAUCUAUAAUUAGCAAAAU